UUGUCAUUGAGGCAGGCCAUGGAGUGGAAAUACACAAUAAUUGUUCAUAAUUAAUCUAACUCAAAAUUGGGCUUAUAUUGCUUUACUUAGUUAAAUUAGUGAAUCCACAACCAUGGAACUCAACGAAGAAUAUAUUGUUUACUUAAUACUGCUAUUUUCAUGGGCAGAAUAUUUGUGGGAGUUGUAUUUAUCUUUGCGGCAGCUAAAAAUCUACAAAUCAAACAACACUAUUCCUGAGGACUUGAAGGAGAUGUUAAACGAAGAAUCAUUCAAGAAAGCUCGCUUGUAUGGUAUUGACAAAUCACAGUUCAAAAUUGUAAAGGAAUUUGUUAGUAUACUAUUAACAUCCUUAAUACUUUCUCGACGGUGGCUUGCUGUGGCAUGGUUUAAAUCUGAAAGCGUUUCUAAGUCCCUUAAUGUAUCUCCAGACAAUGAAAUAUUUGUGACUUGUGUCUUUAUGACUAUUGUGAAUCUAUUUAACUAUGCUCUAAUGUUGCCCUUCAAGAUUUAUGGCAUAUUUGUUCUCGAGCAAAAACAUGGCUUCAAUAAGCAAACAGUUGGAUUCUUUAUUAAAGACCAAAUUAAAUCAUUGGCUCUGAGCCUCAUCAUUACCAUUCCGAUAGUAUCUAUUGCAGUUUAUAUCAUCAUGGUAGGAGGAGAUAUGUUUGUUGCUUAUCUAUGGUUGUUUACUACUGUGGUGUCUUUGUUACUAUUGAUGCUGUACCCUACAGUUAUUGCUCCUCUGUUUGACAAGUUUGUGCCUCUGCCCGAGGGUUCUCUAAGGAAAGGAAUUGAGGAACUAGCAUCAAAGCUGAAGUUUCCACUCACACAAAUAUAUAUAGUGGAGGGAUCUAAAAGGUCUGCACACAGCAAUGCAUAUUUUGGUGGACUUUUCCGGUCAAAAAGAAUUGUGCUCUUUGAUACAUUGCUCGAAAAAUAUGAUGAAGAGAAAAAGACUUUAACUGGAUGUAAUGAGAAUGAAAUUCUAGGGAUUCUAGCUCAUGAAUUGGGACACUGGAGUUGCAACCACUUGACAAAGAACAUAGCUUUGACUGAACUUAAUUUGUUAUUGUUAUUUACUGCUUUUGGAGCACUUUUUAAAUAUUCCUUGUUGUAUACUGCUCUUGGAUUUCCAGCUGGGCAAGAGCCUAUCAUUAUUGGUUUGAUUGUGGUUUUACAAUUGAUACUAGCUCCAUACAAUUCAAUUUUAUCCUUCUUCUUGACCGCAUUGUCCAGAAAACAUGAGUUUGAGGCUGAUAACUUUGCUGUGUCUUUGAAUUACCCAAGAGAACUCAGGUCUGCACUUAUAAAGCUUGGUAAAGACAAUUUGGACUACCCCAUAUAUGAUAAGCUAUACUCGGCUUGGUACCAUUCUCACCCUACCUUGUUGCACCGAAUAGAAAAUAUUAAAUCCCAAUUAGUUGAGGAUAAGAAAAGCUACUAAGAAGUUAUUCCGAUAUGCAUUUAUGACUACCAUAUCUCUUAUAAGUACAUUUUUGUAUACCUGGUAUUUAAUAAUGCGAAAAUAGUAUUUUCUAAAACACAUUGCAUUUAUUUUUUUAAUAUUACUUAAUACAAACAUGGCUUUUGUAUGUGGGUCAAGAGAAUUGCCAUAUUUACAGUAAAUACUGUCCCAUAUACACAAAAGUAAAGUAUCAUUUUAUAUUUUAAUUUUUGUAUUAAGUUUAGAUACAUUAGUCUAGUGUUUACCAUACAUAUAUCACUGAAAAAGUUACCAGCUCAGCUUGACAAUUCAUGACUCAUUUUGUUGCCAAACACCUGUAACCUGUUGUCUCAAAACUAUUUGUUAGAGACAUUUCUACUUGUUUAUAGUGACCUGAUAUUAACGUUGUGCAUUACCAAAAACACUUAAUGCGCGUAUUCACUACUUAUAAACAAUUUUAUAAACCAUGUUUUGAAACAAAAAUGUUUAUAGUGAAUUAAGCACCUUUAUGGUUACAAAAUGUCUGACCUAGCACAGUUGGACACUGUUUGUCGGACUUCGUCAUGGAAUGGUAUGACUUACUAUUCUAGACAUAAGUUUUUAAUGUUGUGAUGAUAAAAAGCUAAACGAAGUUUGCACUGAUAAUUAAAUUUAUAUAACCUUACCACAAAAUUAAUAUUUUGAAAUAACCCCCGACCGCGACAUAGUAGACCGAUUUUUAUGAAACAUGGCUAAGAACACUCCCAACUAACUCAGCCAAGAAAA